AGGGGGAGGGAGCAGAGUCUGAGGCGGACUUGACUCCAUUUGUAAUGAAGGAUCUGAUGAGCGGGGUUCAGAUCAGGGCUGCCACCGAGUCCACGAGGCCAAUGAGGAGAGGAGCGAUAUAAAUGAGAAGGAAAUUACCUCCGCUUUGAACGGAUCUCGUGUAAGGAGGCAGCGGAGCGCACGAGACGUGGGCUACGCGCAGGGACAACAAACAACAGAGCGAGAAAACAACCCGGCGAUUUCUAUUUCAGAGCUGCACGAGCGGCAUGGUGGAUAUUACGGACCGACGCUACUAUAAUUGAAGAGUUGGAUUUUUGAUUUAGUGGAAAUCAAAACGAGCAACACAUACACGCUGCAGAGCGCGCGGGAGCAGGAUGAGCGUGUUCUGUGCGCGGAGGUCAGAGCAGUGCGUUUGAGUGGGACAUGGCUAACGGAGGAGACCAGUUCGGCCUUGCAGAUUGCCCGGACUCGGACUGCAUGGAUUCCCCAAAAGGCACCAAACAAGAGAAACCGAGCUACACCCUGAACGCACCAUCUUCACCACAGUCUGCCUCCAGCCAGCAGGGGAUGGAGGGCAUCAAAGUUUUCCUUCAUGACAGAGAACUUUGGACCAAGUUUGAUGAAGUGGGAACUGAAAUGAUCAUCACUAAGGCUGGGAGGAGAAUGUUCCCCAGCUACAAGGUAAAGGUCACAGGACUCAACCCAAAAACCAAGUACAUCCUACUGAUGGACAUCGUCCCCGCGGAUGACCAUCGCUACAAGUUCGCAGACAACAAAUGGUCCGUGACGGGAAAGGCGGAGCCCGCGAUGCCCGGGAGGCUCUACGUUCACCCGGACUCUCCCGCCACCGGAGCUCACUGGAGCCGCCAGCUCGUGUCUUUCCAAAAGCUCAAACUCACUAACAACCACCUAGACCCAUUUGGACACAUAAUACUGAACUCCAUGCACAAAUAUCAGCCCCGUCUACACAUAGUGAAGGCGGACGAGAACAAUGGCUUCGGCUCCAAAAACACAGCUUUCUGCACCCAUGUCUUCUCUGAGACCGCCUUUAUUGCUGUGACGUCUUACCAGAACCACAAGAUUACACAGCUGAAGAUAGAGAAUAAUCCCUUUGCUAAAGGCUUCAGAGGCAGCGACGACAACGAGCUGCACCGCAUGGCCAAGCUACAAGGUAAGGACUACCCUGUGGUCCCUCGCAGUACGGUCCGUCAGAAAGCCUGCGCCUCUGGGAGUCCCUUCAGCGGGGAAGGUCGGGGUCUGCGGGCCUCACCCGAAGCUGUCGGAUCCCCCUACAGCUGUGAGAAUGGCUUGAACAGCAGUAGUCCCCAGGAGCUGCUGAAUUCCCCCACAGCACAUUACAUCCUGCCUCACCCACACCUGCAGCAUGGCCAACAGUCGCAGGUCUACCACUGCACCAAGAGGAAAGCAGAUGAGAACUGCUCUUCAGGACAUCGCCAUCACCCAUACAAGAAACCCUUCACUGGUAGCUCACUAAGCGAGGGCGAAUCCUACUAUCACCCUUCCUCUUUCCCUCCCCCUCUCUCCAACACCCCUGCCCUGGGCCUCACUGACUCCCCCUACAGCUCAGACAUGGGACAGCGUCAGGCGUGCAUGUUUGCCAGCUCAGAGCAAAGACUGGAUGAACUCAACUGUACAUCCUGGUCUUACACCUGCCCACUCCCCUCUGCAAUGACCCCUGUGGACCCUUACCCGCCUUAUACCCCACACCCCCCCUACAGCUCCAGUCCUCAGGGCUCUCGACUCAGUGCUAUAGCCCACCAGAGCUCACCUCCACUGGGAGAACAUAUGACCCACGACCACUACCAGAGCCAGAGCUGUGCACCUCCACCUCAGAGCUCUAACAGCAGGCAGCUCAGCCCUCCUCUCAGAGAGUAUCCUCGCUACACGCCCAACUUGUCCCCUCCUCUCUACCACACACUAGAGACACACACACACAUCCGCUGUGGAGUCCCAGAGUGGAGUGCAGCCUCCUAACUGAACAAGAGGUCACUAAAAAGACUGAUCAGUGGACAGAGAUUCUUGUUUCAUAUUCAACCACCCCUCUGAAAGAUGCUGCAAAGCAUUCUGAGUAAAUGUGAUAUUAUCUGUAAAAUAACUGUCAAAGUGUGUUUUGUGCUGCGUGAAGAGGUUUCAUCUGUUGAUCAUGUCCCCUUGGAAAUCUAUGACGCUUCUAAUGCAGGACAAUCAGAGUUGUAGCAUAUGAGUUUCAGAACCCUAAAGAUGGGUGUCAUUCAUUUGUUUGUACUGUGCGCCUUUUUAAAGCCAGGCUGCUCCCCUCUCAUUGACUCCCACUCCCUCCAUGGUGAAGCAUGUUAAUUGUGACCAGUUGUCAGACAGGCAGUAACAUUUACUGACCAAAAUUAUCUCAGCUCCCACUGCAGAGCCUGAGGGAGGCAUUUUUUUCCCAGCUGCGAGCUCAGUGUCAGCGAAGGAGAAAAGGCAUGAGUUGUCUGUGUGUGCGUGUUUGUAUGUAAAGCCUAUGUCAGCUCCACUCAAAGAUGCUAUGAGUUAAUUUCCAAUGAGACAGGCAGCAGUGGCUGCAGGCGCUGCACCAUAGAGAUAAACAGUUUGUUUAGACGACGCUACAGGCUGAAGGACCUGUAAACACUGUUUCCACUGCAUUCUGGGUAAAUGCACUACUCAGCGUCAUGCAGAUGUCACCAAUGUCCUCUUAGACACCCCCAGCCGGCCAAUCAGCUUUGUCCGUUCACUGAAAGCCAGCCAAUGAGCUGGCGGCUCUCUUUUAUCCCUAGCUGACCAGUCAUAGCUGGAGUGCAGCAUGUUUUAUUGUGUGCGUGUGUUGGCCCAUUUUUAUUUGUUUCUGAAUUAUUCAUGAGUCCAGUGUCGAUCCUUGACAUGCGAGGAUUGCUCAGCAAACACAGAGUCACAGGGCUGUUAAUGUGAUAAUAUUGAUGCACCAACUCCUAAUAAUAUUCAUUUCAGUCUCUGCUUUUAUUUAAAGGCUCCCUCCUACAUCCAUACAGCAUUUAAUUGCUCUGAAAAGACUUGGUUAAAUACAUUUUCUUGCAGAGAGGAGACAUUUGUGGCACUUGCUGAAGCAAGUUCAAGCUUUUGUACAUUUUUGUGUAAUGAAGCAGUUUUGAUAGUUCUGCCCAGGUGCUUUACAUGCAGUAACUUUACAACCAUCAGUAUUAAGAGGGUGGAUCCUCGUCAUUCCUUUAUACGUCUUUGAUUUAUGUGUAUGUGUGUCUGUUGGUAUGUGUGGGUAUUACAAUGAGAUUUUUUUUUAUAGCCAUGUUCCUGCUCAUAGUAUUUAUUACUCUAGAUUUGUAAAGAUGACUUUGUCGUUAACAGUAUUGUUCAGAGAUUUUUUUGUGUCUCUUGGAAGAAUUGUCUCGGGUUUCACCCUCCAUCUCCAAGUGGUGAUAAAUAGUUGUGAUAAAUGAACCACAUUUUCUGUUAUAUGGAAAUAAAGGCAGAUUUAUAUUCAAAAAGUGAAAUAAAUUUAAAAGAAUUUUGGAAAGUCAA